AUGUGUGAAGAUGCACUCAACCAUGAAAUAUCGUCUACAGGAUUUCAGAUACUACCGAAUGAAAACCUCGUUGAAAUUGCGUCUUUUCUCAACAUCCUGGAUCUUCGGGUACUGAGUAAGGUUAGCAGGAGGCUUUAUUACUUUGUUCAAGAUUACUUCAAACGUUAUCGAUACAACGCAGCAAUUUGGACUAUGCCGAACGAGAUAUUAUUCGAGGUGGUACAGCACUUAGAUUGGCAAAAAGAUCAAAUAUGUUUUGCGCAAUCAAGUCGGAGGUUCUAUCCAGUCAUCGCAGACUACAUAUCUCGUCACAAUGUGCGGUGUAAUAGAAGCAGCCUGCUAAACUAUGCAGCCAAAAGAAACCUCACGGCGAUGACUCAACGGAUUCUACAGGUGGGCGGAGAUAUAGAAACUCGACUUACAAUUCCAUGGACUGCCAACGACAAGCACUUGACUCCUCUUGCAACAGCCGCUCGUCAUGGGCAUCUAGGGAUAGUCAAGAUUCUUUUGGAAGCCGGAGCUAACCAGUUCAUUGACGGGUUGAGGGUUCCGCUCCUUGUUGCCAUUUUCGCCCGACACGAAUCUGUGGCUCUGCUACUUUCUCAACAGCUGUGCGCGUCUGUCGAACCUUUGGGAAAAAGUGCAGGCACGGUGUUACAGAUAGCUUCGCAAGUCAAACUGCCACGCUUGGUGAAGCACUAUCUCAACGACAGAGACGUGCAGCUUCAACGACGACUGGACGUCAAGCACGUACACAAUCUCAGCAACGCUUUGGUGCGCGUCCUUUUGGUAGACUUCAGCGAUGCAGAUCUGCUCAAGAGGAAGCUCGAUGAUGAUGCGUACCGGAUCGUGUUUAUGCUGUUGCAGCAAGGCGCCAGUCCAGAUAUUCGCAUCCAAACUCAAUCAUCGCCCGUCAUUACUGCCCGCGUCAUUGCCUCCAGGCAUCCAGAUCCGCGUAUAAGGAAUCUUCUCUCGGCGAAGAUGCCUGUGACAACAUUGGUGAACACCCGCCCAGUUGUGGGGCGACUGUGGAUGGCAUCUUCAGGAACCGAAACUCCCACAUCCUUUACGUCGCAGUCCCAUGUACUACUCUCGGCUAGUAGUUCCUCUGCUGACUUGCUGGGGGCUUUGAAGAGACUGAAAUCGAUGGGGAUGGUUUCAAUGGAUGUCGGUGAGUUUGUGUGGAGACGAACAAAGGGUCAGAUCCUGUUGAAUGCUUCAGACAUCGCUCAGAUGGUACACCGCGAAAACUGCAAGUCGAAGAAGAGCCUGGAUUUGCAUUCCCUAGAACUAAACACCGAAUGCUCCUUUCCCCAACUUGCCUGUCCUAGGACUGAUGUACAGAGCGCCGCUAGGGAGUUUUGGGCCAGAAUACCAGUUGUUAAUUCCUGCAAUGCUGACCCGAGGCCGAUGCUUCAUACUAGGAAUGUUUGUCCUGUUCCUCAGACGGCAAGACGAUUAGCGAAAGCAUCGUGCGUGGACUCUUUCCCUCAGCUUACGCAAGUAGGCCCGAGGUCAAAUGAUGUAGCACAAGAUAACUGGGCCUCCUUUUUGGAACGCGAGGUUUUCCGACAUACGAAAGAACCGCAUGCAGCGUCUCCGGACCAAGGAGUAAACCAAGCAACAAAACAACUCCGUAUGUCACGAAAACAAAGCAAAUGGAUGCCUCUAGCAUUUUAG